AUGGAUAGAUGGGCGAGACGUUUCAAGCUCCCAAAGUAUAUGUCUGAUGUCAGCAUUGGUGGUAAAAUAUGGUUGUUUUGGGCCAACGAUGUUACGAUUGAACAAGUUAUUUUGUCGGAUCAAAUUAUUUCGGGAUGGCUUUCUUGGGAGGGAAUUCGUAUUUGUACAUCCUUUGUUUAUGCUAGCUGCUACCUACAACGUAGAAGGGAGCUGUGGGAUCUAAUACAUAAUGUAGACUGUGAUGCGGACCCAUGGUUGAUAGGGAGUGACUUCAAUGCUAUUCGAACUAAUGACGAAAAGAUUGGUGGCAUUAUUCCUCCCUCGAGAGUAAAGCAUGAUUUCAACACUGUUAUUCAUGAUUCCGAUCUUCUGGAGGUACCGUUUGACGGCCCAAAAUUUUCAUGGUAUAAUGGUCGUCAAGGAUCUCCUAUGGUCUGCCUAUUUCACAAGCUCAAAGCCCUUAGAUGUGCUCUUCGAAAAUGGAAUUUGGAGGUGUUCGGGAGAAUUGAACAAGAAAUGGAGUUUUUAGAGGAAAAAUUGGUUCAUCUUAAAGAAUCAUUACUGAACUAA